GUUGUGUGAUUGCAGCCAGCGGGUUCAGCAUUUGAUACACGGGAUUGGAAAUAAUCACAAAACAAACCAUAAUUCCAGGCCAAGUAACUAAGACAUUUUCCGGAAAAUCCGUUCGCGGUUUCCCCUCGCUUACACAAUGAGUGCUGGCACUCCUAAAUCGCUGGCAUCGUCGGGGCAAAAACCCAUUCAGGAGAUGUGCCAUCCGCUCGGAGCCGAGGAGGCAGUUCUCACACCCAGUCCAGAUGUCAGAAACCUCACGAGCAGCAUCGGAGAGAAGGACCAAAUUCUGCCCAAUGGGACACCGGUGGAGACAUCUAGUCCCUCCUCCACGUCUUCCCUCCUGAACCGGUUGCAGCUGGAUGACGACCUGGAUGGAGAAACACGUGACCUCUUCGUUACCGUCGGCGACCCGAAGAAACACGUCAGCACCAUGGAGACGUACAUCACCUACAGAGUGGUGACUAAGACAACGCGGGUGGAGUUUGACCUACCAGAGUACUCCGUGUGGAGACGCUACCAGGACUUUGAUUGGCUCAGGACCAAGUUGGAGGAUAGUCAGCCUACACAUCUCAUACCACCCCUCCCUGAGAAGUUUGUGAUGAAGGGCGUGGUUGACCGGUUCUCUGAGGAGUUUGUUGAGACGAGGAGGAAAGCGCUGGAUAAGUUCCUGAAGAGAGUGGCUGAUCAUCCUGUCCUAUCGUUCAACGAACACUUCAACUCCUUCCUCUCUGCCAAG